GUCGAGCACCGAGCUUCUCCAUCGAAGCAUUCCAACGAGCCAAAGGAUUACGGCUUUAUUCAGCAGCGAAGGAUUUUCGUUUACCAGGAGCAAAAUGCGUGUCUCGUCGCUUUUCGUUGUUUGCGUGGCCUCCCUAGUGGCCACUAGUUUGGCCCGUCCUGAGCCCCCAUCUCCGUACGCUUACCACGGAUUACCACAGCAGCAGAGCCAGCGGGCUUUGCCACUAAAUGCUCAACCCGUAGCCCCGCAGGUCUACCAACCACUGCCCCAGGAGCAGUCGUUCGCCAACUUUGCCGCCCCUCAGCAGACUUACUUGCCACCCCAAAUGCAACUUGCUCCCAUCGAGCAAGUGGCUCCCACUGCUGCUGCUGCUGAGCCCCUGAAUGCCUACGAUGACAGCUACAACAUGGCCCACCGCCUGUCUGGAGUCCAGCAUGCCAGCGGCUACAACAAUGCUCCACAGGAAACCAAGGUCCACAAACACAUCUAUGUCCAUGUGCCACCCAAGGACUUCGAGGAGGAAGAUGCCAUCCAGACUCGUGUCCACCACCAGCAGGGACCCAAGCAGAAGCACUACAAGAUCGUGUUCAUCAAGGCUCCAUCUGCCCCAGCUAUCCGUCAGCCAGUUGUGCCACCACCACCCCAGAACGAGGAGAAGACCCUGAUCUAUGUGCUGCACAAGAAGCCCGAGCAGGAGCAGGAUAUCGUGAUCCCGACACCAGCACCCACCAAGCCAUCGAAGCCCGAGGUUUACUUCAUCAAGUACAAGACCAAGAAGGAGGAGGCUCCCGUCUAUGGACCCCCACCAUCUGAAAUGGAGCCCCGUCAGGCCACCGCUGAGGACUUUGCUCCUCUGGCUGAGGUCGCCGAUGUCCUCCCACCCACUACCUUGGCUCCCGAACCAGAAAUUGAGCAGCCAGCCGUUCCCUCUGCAGUCUAUGGACCACCCACUGCUGCUGCCUAUACUGGCGAGGAGAUUCAGACCACCCUGUCAGCUCCUGCCAACCAGUACCUGCCCCCUGCCACAGCUCCCGCUGCCCUGGCCAUUGAGGAGCCCUCGAUGGCACCCAUCGUUGUGGAGGAGCAGCCCGAGCAGCGUCUGGCCGCUAUUCCAUCCCAUGUGCCCGCUACCAGUUACGGUCCUCCCAACCGCUUCUUCCUCAAGAAGCUGAAGUGAAGACCUGGGCACUGAUGUGAUGGAGAUGCCCUAGCCAAUUUCACAGUUUGUCAUAGUCUAAUGUCCAUUGGAUGCACCACUACCCAGUCCCCCGUUCCCAAUUCACACAUGCACACGUGCCACACCUACCCACAUGCACAUCUCGUUGUUUGUUCGUUUGUAAACUUGUUACAUUUGUUUUAUUAAAGUGUAGAUAAUAAAAAUCGAAUUUAUAAAAAAAA